AUGUUUGUAAUUUUAUCUUUUAUGACUCAUCACUUAAAUAAUUCCCUCUUUUAUUUUUCAGCAUAUUUUCCGCGCGAACCUUCCCUUCAAUGUAUUUUAGUUGAAAGUAAAUGUGUAGAGAAAAUGUUUACAGUUUUAGUUGAACCUUUAAGUAAAUUACAAUUAAAUGAAAUUGAAAUUAGUUUAUUUUAUAUUAUUGUUAUAAUAUCUUCAACAAUCCCUGAUUUAUCAGAAAAAAGUAAACAAAAGUUUUCUCUUCUAAAGCAACACUAUUUCUCCCUUUUAUAUAACAAUAUUUUUUGUAAAAUAAUUUCUAAUGAAUCUUCACCAACAACAACUUCAAACGAAGCAAGUAUUCAGGCAUCUGUACGUGCUGGACAUAUACUUAUUUUGUGUUCUGCUAUUACCGAAAUGACACACAUUUCGAGUGAUAAUAUUCAAGCAAAUAAUGCACUUCAAUUACUGAGUAUGGAAACUUGGAAAAUAUAUCAAAGAAUUGUUUAA